AUGGAACCCCAUAAACGAAUGCCUCUUGUCCGUCGCUACAUCACGACGCACAACAAUGAUGGCGAAGCAGUGUUCUUGUCGUCCAGCCGAGUCCCCGAAUGCGCCCCCAAUCGGACUGCCGGUGACGAUGGAGAGGUUGCCAUGCUCUACUCGACAGACACAUUCCCUAUUCAAAUGGAUCAAGAGGCCGAUGUGGCCGUGUACGACUCGUACCUGCAUACGCCACCGGGAUUGAUGCCGCAGAACGGCACGGUCAUGCGAGUCGUCGAUAUGCGACCAAGCAAGGAGACGCCGAUGCAUCGGACCAUCAGUCUGGAUUACGGCGUCGUGCUCGAAGGCGAGGUCGAACUCCUGCUGGACAGUGGACAGAGCCGAGUGAUGCGGAGGGGCGAUGUCAGCAUACAAAGAGGCACAAGCCAUUCGUAUCGCAACCGGAGUGACACGGACUGGUGCCGGCUGCUGUUUGUGUUUUUACCUACAGGUCCAUUAACGGUUGGAGGGAAAGAGUUGAAGGAGGAGUGGUACGAUGAGUGGGGAGAAGAAAAACAGGAGGAAGAGAAACAAGGAGAGAAACAAGAGGAAGGAAAACAAGAGGAAGGGAAGCAGGAGGAAGAAAAACAAGACAGUGAAAAACAAGAGGGAGAGAAUCAAGAAGAAGGAAAACAGGAGGAAGGAAAACAAGAAGAAAAACAGGAGGAUGGAGAGCAACAAGGCGAAAAGCCAGAGGAUCAAAAACAGGAAGAUGGAAAGCGGCAUGGUCCACUGGAAAAGGCCAAGUCGAAGAUAUCGGCAUUGAAGUACAGCUGA